AUGUGGUCCAUUUUCGCCCCAGAGGCCCUUACCUCGCCGUCAGAGGUUGUCAACAACACGGCCGCGAGUUGCCAAAGUCGAACAGAAGCUGACAGCGGCCGCAGCAGUAUGGAUGCGACGGCGACUGCGAGUGGCGCGGCAGCAAAGUCCGGGCGCUUGAGUGAUGAUGCGCAGGAAACGCCUGGGGGCAACGCCAAGAAAGCGAAUGGCGUGGGCUCGCAGAGAGGUGGAAACGGCUCGGGUGCAGGAGCCUCUCAAGCUGCGAAGCAAAGGCAGCGGCGCCAGCCUCCACAAGCCCGAUCCGGCGAGGACGCUGCCGCAGUGACUUCCGGUCCUCAAGCCAAAGAGGGCGAAGAGGAGGACUGGGUCGAGGCACAGAGCAAGCGUCUGGGGAGGAGCCAAAAGGCUUCGACCAAGCAGGCCCAGAAGCAGAAGGACGCGAUUGACGAAGCGCAGAGAGUUUUGUCGUCGGUCUGGGCUCUCACGCAGGCGCAUCCUUCGGUGGUGCCUACAUAUGAGCUUCUUGCGCUUUUCCCGCUGGCGUCUCCCCUCCUGUCAGUUGCGGGUGCAAAGGCGUCCAGCGAGGCGUCGCCGAAAAGAGGAAGCAAAGGCGGGGCCUCGCAGGCAGCUGGCGAUGCGCAGCCCUCUCAAACCGGAGCACCCGCGCCUGUUGGCGUGUACGAGACGUCUCAUGGGGGGCGCGGCUCCAGCGCCAACACGAACCGCCGCGGAAACGCGGCGCAGCGAGGUUCCGGAGGAUCUGGCAAGGCGGGCGGCGCAGGAGGCGUUCGCGUCGCGUACGUUCAGGUGCUAGGCCAAACUGCCGGCGCAGCUGAAAAUCCGACAGGGGCGACGGUGGCGCGAUCGGGGGAGCAGCAAGACCCUCCGGGCAAGCCUUCGUCUGGGCGGAACAACAGGCAGAACAAGGCCUCGUCUUCUGGCGAAGAUGCCGGCGCUGAUAAGCCGUCUACGCAGCACCGCAGACAUCAGCAGACCAAGCAGGGUCACGGUGCCAAGCAAGGACAGGCCGGUCCUGUUAUUCGCAACGACAGGCGGGGUGAAGCUGGAUCACGCCAUCAGAAACCGCCUCACCAGCAGGUGCCGACUGCCGCCGAGGAUGACGAUGCCGUCGGUGAUAUGAUUCGAAGGAAACUGCGCGAAGCCAUGACGAUCGAGGACCUGCAACUCGCCGUCAACGAGGCGCGCGGUGCUGGCUUGAUUUUCGAGGCACAGUUGGGAGAGAAGAAGUUGCUCAAAAUGAGUGCAGGUGGCUUCUAA